GGUACUCACCAGAUUGUCGAGUCGACCCCCAAACCGUUUUUUACCUAAAAAAAGGUUUCUAAGGAGGAGGUCACAGACACCCGAGUACACCCUCCCCCCCAAGCUACGCCCUGGAGUCUGAAUUCCCGUCGACUCAGAGAAACACCCCGCAGGGGCCCCUGAAGAGUAAGAGGCGCAACUCUCCUCAUGCCUAAACUCCGUUUACCACUGUAAAAAUGGCGGCGUUGGGUAAAGCUCUCACUUUAUUUAGUUUUGCGCAAAUACUUGUAGCAUUCAGUCCAACAUUGGCGAAAUGUCCAAAGCACGAGGCUCUGUUCCAUAACUUCAAGCCAGCGUACUUCUUAGACAAAGGAGAAACAAUUGAGGUAUGGGCCACGCUUAUUCCUGAACCUUGGGAAGAUAAUCGACUUAUCGGUAGCCUUUCAAACACUGAAUGCUUGACUUUCUGUCUAGCAAGUCAGGAAUCAUUCUCAGAUACACAUGGCAUAGGAGUUAUCUCUAGAAAUGUAACAGUUUCCAUCAGAGAAAGAGAUAGGCAUAGAAGAAAUGCAGUAUACAACCACAUUAGUGAAGAGAGCAUCACUGUUUUAUUUGGUGUUGAGGCUUUUUCAGAGGAUCACUCUUGUGUCACUCUGAAAACUGAGACAAAUGUGACUGUUGGUUGCCCUUUUAACCGGCAUAUAGUCUCCAGAGGAAAACCUACCAGAUGUAGCAGUUUCAAAAACUUUUCUUAUGUUAUUUCAAGUGGUCAGCAGAGAGAAAUUUCCCCUGAAAAUGAUGAAGUUUCAGACAAGACAGUUGCGUAUGACCUUCUCAAACUGGGCUGUCCGUUAUCAGUGCAGAGCAAUGAACCAUUCAAACCCAUCAUUGACUUAUAUGAUGGAGAAACGUUUGUGAAAGAAGUGGACGCAAACUAUGUGCUGCGGGAACAGCAUGGUCGAACUGGCUACAAGUAUAGUAAGACCAUGAAGGAGGCUGGGUGCAUGAGGGAGGCGCAGAGCUGGGAAAAGAUGAUUAAUGCCAUGAAGGGUGGAAGUAUUGAAUCAGCGUGGUCCAGGGAGAACUACCAAAGUUGUUUUCAAGAGUCUUCAGAUAGCUCUAUUUCUGCGGCUAAUCUUGAUAAACAAUACGAGAUCCUCAACAGUUCUGGAGCCGCCUCGCACAUUGUGUGGAAUGAUGUGGGCACUUUUGUCUUCCUCCUGAAAGUUCUUGAUCCUGAAUUUAGCUUCUGUAAUCUGACUCUAGAGUUUGGUGUUCAAGUGCAUGGUGUCAGGAGUGCUAUGCAAGAGAUUCCAACCUUUGUGGUUCUAGGUUCAGCAUGCCUGACUAUUAUCAUCCUGGUGUUGUCUGUCUACCGCACCGCUGCACUGUGUUCACAAUGACCUUGGGUCCUUCUCGUCUGGGAGGAGGGGGGGGGGAGAUGCUUUAUCAAGUUUCAUGAAACAGAGAAAGGCCUUUCUUCAUAAUACACUCGCAAGAAGUGGAUUUUCGCGUUUCACGUAGAAAGAAGUUUCACACUCAUUAUUCUCAUUUUCGGUCAAAUCUUCCGUUAUCAAAAAGUGCCCUAUUGUUCCAGUACAAGUCUUUGCAUGUUAGCGUUAAACGAAGACCCUUUUGUUACUCGUAGCAGUUAGGAACUUUUUCCAAAGCUAAGCGCAAAAGGUUUGCGCAGAACAUGUUUCCACUAUGUUGAUACAUCUUUUGUCGAAUACUACUUACCUCGGUCACGUGUUUAGGACCGUUGGUGAUGCGGAAUGAUGUAAUUUACACCGAACUGUACCUUGGAUUCGGUGAAUCCGAGGUAGUAAAGAUCUACUGCACAGGCCAUAAGGGAGCUUGACGGAAAACAAAGCAGCGUUUUGCAAAGAAUUCUAAUAAAAAAACAAAUUUCAAAAUAACGAUUGUUAGAUAAGGGCGACAGCUAACAGCGAAAGCGUUGUCUUUUUUUUUAACUCGAAAUAUUUUAUUUACACAGCUAACACACCGCAGCAGUGGUACAAGGAAACAAAAAACAAAAAUUGACCAAGAUAAACAGAAAGUACAAGUAAAAACGAAUACAAAAUCAGGAAAAAUACUUACAUAACAUUGAUAAAGCCUAAUAUGUAACAUCAGUAUAGAGAACUGCGACUUAAGGAAAACUGAGUUAUAAAAGUGAUUAGGCGUAAAAGAAACUGGCUUUAAAUACAAGAGGACUGUGAGAUAGCGUGUGGUACGAAAAACUUGCUAAAAAAAUGUGUAACCGACGAAGAAAAACGCAAACAAGCUUAACAAAUACACUAAUGAGGAGGUCUGGAAAAGUAAAGGACGAAAUAAAUAAUAAAUAGCGAGCGCUUUAGAUCUUACACGACGUGUUACUUUUCACUACUUCUU